AUGGCCUUGAUACUACCAAAACAAAGAUCGCCGGGGCCCGACCCCACCCAAAACCUUACGAAUGCGCUCGAGAACUUUCGCAACGCCCUCACAGACGACGAGAAGCGUCAGUUUCAACGAAACACGACCAAGCCCGAUGCCGCGAGUGUCCUUGACUUCGUCAAACAUGUUGACAAAAUAAAUAGCCGGGCAAUGACCCAAUGUGUCUCUAUGGGGCUAUGUACCUUCCUCUCGGCAGCCCAACAGUUUACCGGGGUGGUGGAGACGUUCGUCAGCUCAAACCCCACCCUUGCGGCACUGAUAUGGGGCGGUCUAAAAACCGCGAUCUUGGUAGCAAGCAAUGUGUCUUUGGGGGGGCUUUACCCAGGAUGUGUUGGCCUUCAAGGUGCCCUAUGUGAUUACUAUGCCGUCAUCAUCAAUCUGUGUGUCAAAUUGAUACAAGUAUCCCACCGAAGCUCAACCACGCAAACCCUUUUAUCGAUCAUCAACCCAUUUGAGACCGAGUUCCAGCCUAUCCUAGAUGAUCUCAACAAAGAGGUGGAGCAGGUAAAACAACACAUAUCACUCGCAUCACAAAAAGCAAAUCAAGAAGAGAUGAGGUUGUCGGAAUUUGAAAGGCAGAACAACUCCUCUUUUCGAGCAUCUGCAGUGAAAUUCUUCAAAACUUCGGAAAGAGAGCAGGCAGAGGUAGAUGAAUGGCGAAUGCACCAAAUCAAACGGGAGAUCGGAUCGUUGAAAACAAGUAUUCGACAUAACCUUUCGCAAGUGAAACAUGUUAAGCCGUGGCAAAGAGCUCUACAGAAACGCAUGGGAGGCACAUCUGAGUGGCUGCAAACCUAUCCAGCUUUUAUAAAAUGGAAAGAAAGUUCUGGCCCGGCAAUAUUAUGGUGCUCAGGGACUAUGGGUGUGGGAAAGACAGUUCUCAUGUCCAACAUUGUUUUGCAGCUCCAUGAUCAACGCCAGUCAGAUGUGAUAUCAUACUUUUUCUGUACUGCGGAAGACAACGAGUCUCUAUCAGCGAAAAACAUCUUUGGCAGUGUGGUGAGUCAGCUUUUGCACACCAAGAUUGAGGAAUCACUCUACUCGGAUCUGGUCUCCCUGGCGGAAAGCACCCAAGACCUAAGCACCGAUGAGGUCAUACAGCUCUUUGUGUCUCAAAUCAAGUCUGACAAGACAUACUUCGUGAUUCUUGAUGGCUUAGAUGAAUGUGACAGUUCCCAGAUUCGGGAGAUUGCUCGAGGACUGGGCAAACUAUGCCAACAAUCGCAGUUAAACCUGAAGAUCCUCUGUGCAGGCCGACCUGGACUUGAAGAAGAGCUUUUUAGGAUUGCAAAGCCUGCCCAUAGAAUCUUAAUUGAGAAAGCCAUGGUCAAUCCGGACAUAAAACGCUUCCUCGAACUUGCCCUGAACAAGCACAUAGAAGAAGGACAAUUAACCCUUGAGGAUGAUUCCCUAAAGAAGAAGAUACUUGACGCUUUACAAGCGGGCUCUGAUGGAAUGUAA